AUGUCAAGUAUGGGAGGCACAAUACCACCUGCUCCAGCCAAUGCUUCCACAGAGGAGACAAGUAAGGGCAAAGCAGAGGAACAGCCAGAGGAGCCAGUUCAAUCACCUGAGCCAGAAAGUGAAGAGAGCGACUUAGAAAUUGACAAUGAGGGAGUGAUUGAACCAGACAAUGAUGAACCUCAAGAAAUGGGAGAUGAAAAUGUGGAGGUAACUGAAGAGAUGAUGGAUCAAGCUAAUGAGAAGAAGAUUGAAGCAAUAAAUGCUCUAAGUGAAGGUGAACUGCAGAAGGCUGUUGACUUGUUCACAGAUGCUAUCAAGCUGAAUCCUUGUCUGGCCAUCUUGUACGCCAAGAGGGCAAGUGUUUUUGUGAAACUACAGAAGCCAAAUGCUGCCAUUAGAGAUUGUGACAGAGCCAUCAAGAUUAAUCCUGACUCUGCACAGACCUACAAAUGGAGGGGGAAAGCGCAUAGACUUCUGGGUCACUGGGAGGAGGCUGCUCAUGAUCUUGCCUUAGCUUGUAAACUGGAUUAUGAUGAAGAUGCUAGUGCCAUGCUGAAGGAGGUGCAACCAAGAGCUCAGAAAAUUGCUGAACAUCGCCGAAAGUAUGAGCGGAAACGUGAAGAGAAGGAAAUCAAGGAAAGAAUGGAAAGAGAGAAGAAGGCACGGGAGGAGCAUGAGAGAGCACAAAGGGAGGAAGAAGCAAGACGACAGGCAGGAGGAGCUCAGUUUGGUGGCUUCCCAGGUGGCUUUCCAGGUGGAUUUCCUGGGGCUAUGCCUGGAGGUAUGCCAGGAAUGGCAGGUAUGCCAGGCCUCAAUGAGAUUCUCAGUGAUCCAGAAGUCCUUGCAGCCAUGCAGGAUCCAGAAGUUAUGGUUGCGUUCCAAGAUGUUGCCCAGAACCCAGCAAAUAUGUCCAAGUACCAGAACAAUCCCAAGGUCAUGAAUCUCAUCACUAAAUUGUCUGCCAAAUUUGGCAGUAAACCAUAAAAUCCCUGGAUCUUAAAAAUCAUAUCUGAAUGGGAAGGAUUGGAUUUGGCUAGCCAGUGUUGCAAUAAAACAAACCAUUGUACCUCUGAUCUUCUUAAGAAGAGAAACGGGGUGUUCUAAGGAGAACUGCUCUGUAGCCCCAAGCAUUGACUUUAUUCAAUGAUUGGUUUAUAGCACUCAGAUUAUAUUCAGAUGACCUAGUUUAAACCAUCCCUCCUUGUCCAAGAGUUGCAACCUUUAAUUGUAAGUAUUGCAGACAGUUUCCUUUAAGUGAACUCUCCUGUAAGAAAUUGUAAUAUUCCAGGAGUGUAAGAUAAAAACCUGCUGUUGUGUUAUUUUGGAUUU